AUGGAGAACGGAUGCGAUGGCUACUCGGCGUUCGAGCCCCUUCGUGGGCCCAAAGCCCUGGAGCUGCUCAACAUCACCGAGCUCUACGACAACGUCAUGACGGAGAGCCUGUAUCCAGAGUGCACAAGCUCCGUGCUGCUCUGCCUCGACACGUUCACCAAGGCGUAUCCGCACCACCGUCCCGUGGAGAUCCAGGCCAUCAUCGGCCGCUGCGCGCGCUAUCUCAUCAAAGCACAGUUCCCCUGCGGCGGAUGGCUUGCGUCCUGGGGUGUGUGCUUCACGUACGCCACCAUGUUUGCCCUGCAGGGCCUGGAGACCGUCGGCCUGCGGGAAAGCAACAGCGAAACGUGUCGCGAUGCCUGCAGCUUCCUGCUGCAGCACCAGAACGAAGACGGCGGCUGGGGCGAAGACCUCGCCAGCAUCAGAGAGAAGCGCUACGUGCAGGAUCCCGCCGGCAGCCAGGUGACGUGCACUGCGUAUGCGCUGGCGGGCCUCGUUGCGGCGCAUUGCUCCAGCAGGGAUGCGCUGCGAAGGGGCAUCCGGUGGCUGAUGCGCGCGCAGCAGGCCACGGGCGAGUGGCUGCCGGGCUCGCUGGAGGGCAUCUUUGCCUGCCCGGGAGGCAUGAGAUAUCCCAACUACAAGUUCCACUUCACCCUCAGCGCCAUUGGCAGGUACAUCGAGCGCUACGGGGACGAUCUCUACGUAAAGGCGCGGUGA